ACAAGAAGCGUCAACUCGAAGAAAAUGGUGGCUGAGAAGACUUUCAGACCUUACGUGUUCUCUACGAUAGCUUUUGUAGCUAUCUUAGGAGCUCUACUGCCCUACACCCUCGUAAGGGUACAAUUUGUGGUGAAAGAAGAGAUUUUCAUCGCCGCUCCUCCCGAGGAUGUGUUCGGCUUUCUAAGCGACGUGCGUCUGCUCGACCUCGUGCAUCCCUACAGAAUCGAAGCCCGAGACAUCCAACAUUUCAGCGAUCUGGAGUUGAAUUACACCAGUGUAGAGAGGGUGGACUACGUAAAGGGAGUCUACUCAACGAUAUAUGCCUUCCCUGUGUGGGUCCAAUUCGCAAAAAUAAACAGCGGCUACCAGAUCCGGUCCACUUAUGACGUACUGAACGGAACCCUGGUCGCGCGUCAGGCCUUCACCGUCACAGCCGCACAGCAUGCCGGUCGCAACGGAACUUUUCUGACGGACAAAAAUCUGAUGGAGUGUCCCUGGAUCUACUCGUACGCCACGUAUUGGAAAGCCAGGGAAGCGCACAGGGAAAUCCUGGAAGGAAUGAAGCAACUGCUGGAGACAAAACAAGUCAACGAAUUAAAUCUACCGAGCAGGUAUCUCACCGGAAGUGACGGCAGGAGUCAGCACAUCCGGUGUGCUGCAAAUCAGUAA